AUGGGUAGAGAUGCCAGCUUCAAUAUCUCCAUGGAUAAUGAUUCUAGUACGACUCUUGCAACAAAUCGUGAUAACGAAUAUUGCAAAUAUGCAUUCGUGAUAGAUUCUUAUGAAAUUGAUAAAUACAAAACAUCCCAUGAUGAUGAUCUGGAUUAUUAUGUUCCCGUCAUGCUAGGUUGGUCCCUUAAUGUUACAUAUUUCGACAUAUUUAAAACAGAUGUUAUGCCAACCACAUCUAGCAGCUUCGACUGCGAAAGCUAUGAUGUUAUUACUUUAAAUUCCUCUCUAAAUCGGAUAUACCGCUGUGACUGCCGUGAAGGAUAUCGAGGGAGUGCGUACAUUCAGGACGGGUGUCAAGGAGUUGGGAGUGCUCUUGGAGUCUUAGUACUUGUUUUUGGUACAUGGAGACUAUACAAAUUCAUAAUGAAAAGAAAAGAAAUUAAACAGAAGAAAACAUUUUUCAAACGAAAUGGUGGCCUUUUGUUGGAACAACAAAUACACUCGAGUGAAAACAAUGUCGAGCAAACCAAGUUGUUCGAUGCAAAAGAGUUAGAGAAGGCAACAAAUAAUUUUUGUAUAGACAGAGUUCUUGGACAAGGAGGUCAAGGCACUGUGUACAAAGGAAUGUUGGAAGACGGAAAGAUUGUUGCGAUAAAGAAGUCUAAAAUAAUUGAUGAAGCCAAACUCUCUGAAUUCAUUAAUGAGGUUGUUAUUCUUACGCAAAUCAAUCAUAGAAAUGUUGUCAAGCUAUUGGGAUGUUGUUUGGAGACAGAUGUUCCACUUCUAGUUUAUGAAUUUGUCCCAAACGGAACACUUUCUGAGUAUAUUCAUGACAAAAAUGCAGAGUUUCCUUUUACAUGGAGUAUGCGAUUACGAAUUGCAACUGAGGUUGCGGGAGCUCUCUCAUACUUACACUCAGCAGCUUCUUUUCCAAUUUAUCAUCGAGAUGUUAAGUCUACAAACAUACUCCUUGAUGAAAAAUUGAGAGCAAAAGUUGCAGACUUUGGUACAUCAAGAACUAUUUCCUUAGAGCAAACUCACUUGACCACUUUAGUUUAUGGCACAUUUGGUUAUCUAGAUCCAGAAUAUUUUCAAUCAAGCCAAUUUACAGAUAAGAGUGAUGUUUAUAGUUUUGGAGUGAUUCUUGUUGAGCUCUUGACUGGACAAAAAGCAAUAUCUGCCGCAAGAUCAGAGGAAGGAAGAAGUUUGGCGACAUAUUUUAUAAUGACAAUGGAGGAAAAUAGCAGUAGUCUUUUCGACAUUCUUGAUGGUCAAGUUCUCAAAGAAGCGCCAAAAGAAGAGAUCAUAGUUGUUGCUGAUCUUGCACAAAGAUGCUUACAUUUGAACGGAAGGAAUCGACCUACCAUGAAAGAAGUAGCAAAGGAGCUAGAAAUGAUACAAGUCAUUGAUAAUAAAGAUUCAAAGGGCAGUCGACAUAAUUAUGAAGAGUUAGCGUAUGCACAACCUGAAGUUAUAGACUACUCUUGGAAUGCUUUCACGUCAUCAACUUUUGAUAGUAAUGCUACUAGCUCCUCGUUGCAUCAAGAAUUACCAUUAUUAUAAGCUCUCAGCUCACAUUAUUCUCACGCACCCCACUGUGAAAUAUAUAUAUUGCUUUUGGAUUGAAGUUGGUUCUGAUGAGUUGGACUUUAUUGUGUGGAGUUUUCAACUUUUUAUUUCAUGAGACUUUGUUUUGAACAUUUUAUAUAUGGACUUUAUUAUAUAUGUACGAGACUUUGAAUAUUUUAGACUUGUAGACUUGUAUAAGUGUGAGAUUUUAGAUAAUUUAGACUUGUAAUCUUUAUGUUGAAUAUUAUGUAUAUUGUAGACUUUAUUAUGCCGGUACGA